AUGGAUAGCGUAGAGAACACGGGUAAUGACGAUGCAGACACCCAAGGCUACGGAAACGAUGGGUUCCCGAGCGGCCAAGCUACCGAGAACCCUACUCAAAUGGCUGUGGACAAUGCAACCCAGAGUCAUGCUCUUAUAUAUGAGCAUGAAUUUGACCCCAACUGCCCGGACUGCCAGCAACGAACAUUUGAUUUGCUUGGCUUCCAGCCGUAUGCACCCCCAGGAGCCUCACAAUCUGUCUAUCCAAACCCUGGCCAGCAGUUUGCCCCGUAUCCGGCACCAAGUAUGGCCGAUGAUGCGAUGUUCCAGUCUUUAUCAGACUUUGAGCCUUAUCUGUUACAACCACAAGAUGACGAACUACUUCAGUUCCAGCAGCAGCAGCAGCAUCAUCAAGAGCAACAGCAGCACCAAGAUCAGGAGCAGCUGGACUUCUCUUCCACCGUCAUCUCUCCCGAGUAUUCAGACCCUUUCAACAGCGCACGGCACCUGCAGCAGGAUGAGGUCGUUGAGCCUCCCCAGUUCUACUUCAAUCCACCGCCCGUCGAGUCUUCCGACUUUGCUGGCUUCAAUUUCAAUACCUUGCCUUACCGCCCGGUCCAGCCGUCCAUCGCAGGCGAGGCCUGGAUGCCGGGUCAUGAUAGUAACCCUUUCACCUCUGCAGCCCCCGAGAUCAUUAAGAGUGAGCUUGACGAGGCUGCGGGCAUACCCAUAAUCUUGACUCAGCCCACGGAGAGCAUGACGACGGCCCCCCUACCUCCGACUCAGAAUCCCUCCAUGUUGGAACCCGCUGUUGCUGCUGGGAAUUUGGCGCCUCCUUCACGCCGCUCCCUGGCCUCCCAUCGUCCGCAGCGACGACUUUUGCCGGCAGUCAGUUUGCGCCGACCUGUACACCGACAAGCGGACGUUCGUUCACGACGCUCUCCCGUGAUCCAGAUGUCUCCGCAAGCAGCAGCUGAAAGAGCUGCCAAGGACCGGUUUCUGGUGCAGUCUCGUAGCGAAGGCCUCUCCUACAAGGACAUUAAGCGCCUGGGAAACUUCAAGGAAGCGGAGUCGACCCUGCGUGGACGGUGGCGCACUCUCACCAAGGAAAAGAAGGACAGGCAGCGUGACCCCAAGUGGACCGAUUUAGACGACCACCUUCUGAAGGAGGCCGUCCAGGUGCUGGCGCACGGCCAGCACCCGGACAGGGCCAAGCUUUCAUGGAUGGCUGUGUCUGUCUAUAUCAAGGAACACGGAGGGUAUUCUUUUGGAUACUCUACUUGCCACAAGAGGUGGUUGCGCUUUGAAGCCGCCGGUCAACUAGGGAGUACUGGCUUCGACGAUAGCUGGGAAGAUGAGGAAGAGGACGACCAUACCGAUGAGGGAUAUGGCGAGAGCCAAGUUGACGAGCUUGAGCAGGGCCAUGAGUCGAACGACCAGAAUGGGGACGACGGCGAGGAGGACGACGAUGAGGAGGACAAUGUGGCUGAGUGA